AUGGGCACUCGCCUGCGGCUCGCUGCGCUCUGGGGAACGGCGCUGGCUGUAGCGGGCGGCGCGGCUGUGGCGGCCUGGGCCUGGGCCCGGGCUCGGGGCCGCCUGCGGAGACGGGCAGCGCCGCUCUCCGCCCGCCCUGCCGCUGUCGCCGCCGAUCAGGGUAGAGGACACGGCAAGCAGAUCCUGGUGCUGGGCCUGGAUGGGGCUGGGAAGACCAGCGUUCUCCACUCCCUGGCAACUAACCAUGUGAAGCGCAGUGUGGCUCCCACCGAGGGCUUCAAUGCCAUCUGCAUCAACACUGAGGAGUCCCAGCUGGAGUUCCUGGAGAUUGGGGGCAGUGAGUCUCUGCGUUCUUACUGGACGAUGUAUCUGCCCAAAGUGCUGCUGUUAGUCUAUGUUGUGGACUCGGCUGAUCACGCCCGACUGCCUACGGCAAAACAGCUGCUUCAUCAACUGAUCCAGAACAACUCCACCUUGCCAGUGGUGGUUCUGGCCAACAAGCAGGACCUUGAAGGAGCCUAUUGCAUCACCGAUAUCCACGAUGCUCUGGCACUGUCUGAUAUUGGGGAUGAGAGGAAGAUGUUCUUGAUUGGUACCCAUGUGGCAGAAGAUGGCUCUGAGAUCUCCUCCAGUAUGAAGGAUGCCAAGGAGCUGAUAGCACAGCUGGUUUUGGAAUCACAGUGACAGCACUUUGCCUGCAACAUGACACUGCUAGUUAAGGGAGAGGUGCUAGUGUACGGUCAGUUUGCUUUGUGGCAACUGAAACGUAUGGGUAUUUUUAUCUUGUGGGUGUGGAAUUCCUCUGAAAAUGAUAUGUAGCUGGUAAGAAAAUGUAAU